ACCUGAAAGCUGAAACCACCACCAGCUGAAGAAGCGAGCUAGCGAAGUCUUGCGAGGUGCUGCCCUGUGCACAGAGUACUUGUGAACCUCUUGCCUUCCUAUAGUUUGAGAUGGCAGAAGAGGGUGGAGCUGUUACUAAGGAAUAUGAAGAGGAACAAAAACAGAAGAUUGAGGCAGAAAAGAGCAUGGCCCCUUGGGAGCAACACUCAGCUGUGAUAAGCCUUCCUCGCUUUGACUACACUGCUCCCUCCUUAAUUCUCCAACACUCCCAUUGUGGCUUUCUCAUCACUUGUACUAUCAAACGGGAGAAAAGUGCUACAAAGGAAGUAUUGUCUAUCCUUGAAAAGUAUGUUGAUCCCUUUAGAAAUGGAGAUUGUGAUGGUUUGGACAGCCAUGAGAAAAAUAGUACGAAGAGAAGGCGGACAUGCACUGAAGAAAUUGGCAGAGAAUGUUUAGACUUGGAAGAAACUAAUUCUGCCAUUGUUAACUCUGGUGAAGUGAUGACAGGUAAACUAUCAGAAGGAACUCACAUAAGUCCUACAAAAGCAGAGACAAGCUCUAGUGGAGCUUUUGAUCUUUCGUUAGUUAAGCUAACAAGGAGUGGGUUGCUUCUUUUUACCUUUCCAAGGAAUGAGUUGGUUGACACUGUUGAUAUUGUGUCAAAUAUCAUUGAAUCUUUUGAGGCUGGAAAGAGUUCACCAAUUUGGUGCCACCGUAUAUUCCCUAUCCAAGCUACCUGUCGUUUGAAUGAAAAGGAACUGCAGGAAGUUGUAUCAACACUUGUUAAAAAGUUUGUGGCCAAUAAACAGAACCAUCUUGGACACCCUCUGAAGUGGGUUACAACCGAAGAGGAAUUGAGGAGACAAAGUUACCGAAAGAAAAUGCAGAUAGUUCCAGUGAUUAUAGUUUGUUGGACCGUAAUACAUGUUUUGGCGUGGUUGCUUCUGCUGUCAGGCAUGUUGUAGAAGAUUCAAUAGUGGACCUCAAGUGUCCAGAGGAACGGACGGGAUGAGCUUCAGUCGCUUUUUACUCUACUUGUCUCUUAUUGAAUUUAAAUCCUCUUAAUCAUCCAGGUUAUUUAAACAUAACCACUGUUCUUGCAGCUCUCCAUUCUUGUUGAAUGGCUUCCUCUCUCGGGAUUACCUACUGGAUCCAUAAUUGUAGCUGUCUCUGUUCUUCCCAUUAACGUCGUUAGUACAAAACCUCGACUCUGCAUCAAGGCACUGACUUCCAAUACCAAGCAAAGGCCUGGACCUCAAUGAGUAGAAGGACUUCAAAUUCUCACUUCAAGAUAACUUCAGCCUCACGUAGACGCUUUAUGCAGGUUGAUUAUCUUCCUGAAAACAUCUUAUUUGUGGGAUGUGGUACUAUUCCCCCCCCCCCUCUUUUUCAUUUAUAUUCACUCAUUUUUCAUUGGGCAAAUCUUGAAUCAUGGGGUGUACGACAGUAUUUAAAACUUACGUGGCCCUCAAUUUUGACAGUCCUGUUUCUUGUUGGGUUUUCCUUGUCAAUAAUCAGCUCUUUACUCGUGGUUAUAA